AUGCAUCCUCCGGCGCCGGUGAACUCCACCGGUGAAACUCCCGGAAACACUAUCGAUCCUUCACUCAUCAGAACUUAUCGUGCUUGGAAAGGCAAUAACGUAUUUUUUCUUGGAGGAAGGUUAAUAUUUGGACCCGAUGUGAAAUCUAUAAUUACAACACUGUUUCUCGUCGUUGCUCCUGUUGCUGUUUUCUGUGCUUUUGUAGCAAGAAAAUUGAUGAAUGAUUUUCCUCAUCACUAUGGAUAUUCAAUAUUGAUUCUAGUUAUUCUUCACACAAUCUUUGUUCUGAUUGCGCUUGUACUGACCUCAGGAAGAGAUCCGGGCAUAGUGCCUCGUAAUUCUUAUCCUCCAGUGCCGGAAGAUUAUGAUGGAAGUGUUAGUAUCAACAGUGUCGGUGAGCCUAAUCUACCGGCGCAUUUACCACGAUUCAAGGAAGUGAUUAUCAAUGGAACAACUGUUAAAGUGAAAUAUUGUGAUACUUGUAUGCUGUAUAGACCUCCGCGAUGUUCUCAUUGUUCGGUAUGUGAUAAUUGUGUGGAGCGGUUUGAUCAUCAUUGCCCGUGGGUGGGUCAGUGUAUUGGACUGAGAAAUUAUCGAUUCUACUACAUGUUUGUUUUCUCUGCAACGCUUCUUUGCUUAUAUGUUCAUGGAUUUUGCUGGGUCUACAUCAAGAGGAUCCAGGACUCAGAGGACAUAUCAAUUUGGAAAGCAAUGAUCAAAACCCCUGCUUCCAUUGCGCUAAUAAUAUACUCUUUCAUUGCUGUCUGGUUCGUUGGAGGGCUCACUGUUUUUCAUGCAUAUCUAAUCAGCACAAACCAGUCUACUUAUGAGAAUUUUAGAUACCGGUAUGAUCGACAAGUCAACCCUUACAACAAAGGUGUAAUUGAGAACUUCAAAGAAGUCUUCUUCUCUUCCAUUCCACCAUCCAAAAACAAUUUCAGGUCUAAAGUUCCAGUUCCUAAAGAACUGUCGGAAUCAUCAAGAAGAAAUGGUGUUGAUACCGUUAUGAUUCCAGCUUACAAUGAGGUUGAUGAUAUGGAAAAACAUUACAAAGAUGAGGAAUAUGGAAAGGGUGGUGAUUUAAGUGAAACAUCUGUGGAUUUAAGCAGGAUGCUUCACACCGAAAGAGGGCAGAGAGAAGUUGCUUCCUUUCUAAAGCACUCGUUGUGGGAACGAAGUAGCAAAAAGUGGGAAGUAAAUCCUGAAAUUCUCGACGAUAUACACGAUACGGAAUCAAAUCGGAUCACUGGUGAUAGUAGUAAUGAGACUGGUGACAACUCAGCAAAAACAUCUACACUUGCAGAAAAACUCAGAGAAGAAAAUUAA